AUGGGCAAACUCGUCAACACUCACUGGGAUUCAGAGCUGUUCAAGCCUUUGAAGAUUGCAAAUGGCAAGAUUGAAUUAAAGCACCGGGUUGUUCACGCACCCCUCACUCGCAACCGGGGAACUCCCCUUCUCGAUUCGACACCCGAGAAACCGAACCGUGUCUGGGUCCCAAACGAGCAUGUCGUUGACUACUAUUCCCGGCGAGCCACCGGAAAUGCCAUGCCCGGCGUCCCUGGGCUGUUUCUCAAAGAGCAGGCCGAAGGAUGGAAGAGGGUAGUCGACGCCGUCCAUGCCAAAGGGGCCUACAUCUACGCGCAACUCUGGCACUCGGGCCGGGCCAAUAUUCCCCAGUUGACCGGCACACCCAUUGUCGCGCCGUCGAGCGUGCCAUGGGACGACCCAAACGAGUAUUUCCCUUAUCCUCCGCCUCACACCACGGCCCAGGUCAAACUCGCCGACCACCCGCCGAUUGAGCUCACUCAGCAUCACAUCGCGCGAACCAUCGGCGACUUCUGCGCCUCGGCAAGAACGGCCAUGGAGAUUGGGUUCGACGGCGUAGAGCUCCAUGGCGGCAAUGGCUACUUGCCAGAGCAGUUUCUGAGCUCCAAUGCUAACAAGCGGACGGACGAAUACGGCGGAACGCCAGAAAAGCGGUGCAAGUUCGUCGUCGACUUGAUGGGAGAGCUAGCAAAGACGGUUGGCGAGGAAAACCUUGCCAUUAGACUGACGCCCUUUGGUCUGUUCAACCAAGCCCGUGGUUCACAGAGAGUCGAGACAUGGAGCCACCUUUGCAAAGAGCUCAAGCGACGACACCCGAGCCUUUCAUACGUCAGCUUCGUCGAGCCGCGAUACGAGCAGGUCUUUUCAGAGGAGGAGAAGCAAAAGUUUCUCGACUCUUGGGGUUUGCCCAAUGUAGACCUGUCGACAUUUAGGGCCAUCUGGGGCAGCACACCAUUCUUCUCUGCUGGCGGAUUUGAUGACAAGAACUCAUGGGGCCUGAUUGAAAGCGGACGAUACGAUGGGCUGCUCUACGGGCGGUAUUUUAUUAGCAAUCCUGAUCUCGUCACCAGACUGCGCGAUGGUCUGCCCCUGGCGCCCUACGAUCGAUCCAAGUUCUAUGGGCCGUUUCCUGACCCUGCAGCCGGAUAUACCGACUAUCCGGCAUAUCAAAAUGGCACGGCGUAG